UCUCUGUCGCCGUGCGUCGCUGUUCUCUCGGUUGUUGUGUUUUUUUCACGCCGCGCUCUUGUCGGUCUGACGUGGAGACGUUACUGUUUCCGGAUGUUACCCGGGGCGCAAGAAUGGCUGCGAUGUUUACGUGUUGUCUCGGCUGCUGCGCAGACGGCGGAUCGGGGCACAUUCCUCUCAAAGAAAUGCCCAUUGUCCAGUUAGACACCCAUCACAUGGGCACAGAUGUUGUCAUAGUGAAGAGCGGCCGGAGGAUAUGUGGCACUGGAGGUUGCCUGGCCAACGCUCCUCUGCACCAGAACAAAAGUUAUUUUGAGUUUAAGAUCCAGUCCACAGGUGUUUGGGGAAUAGGUGUGGCUACACAGAAAGUGAAUCUUAAUCAAGUGCCUAUGGGCCGAGACACAAACAGCCUGGUGCUGAGGAAUGAUGGGUCCGUGUACCACAAUAAUGAAGAGAAGAAUCGCCUACCUGCAAACAGCCUUCCUCAGGAGGGGGACAUUGUGGGCAUCACAUAUGACCAUGUGGAGUUAAAUUUAUAUCUGAAUGGAAAGAACAUGCAUUGUCCUGCCUCAGGGAUCCGAGGCACUGUUUACCCUGUUGUUUAUGUGGAUGACAGCGCCAUCUUAGACUGCCAGUUUAGUGACUUCUAUCACACCGCUCCGCCAGGAUUUGAGAAGAUCCUCUUUGAGCAACAGAUCUUCUAAAGGAGCACUUGGGCCUCAGCCCCUGCGACGUUGUCUCCCUCCCACACAUCUGGUUGCAACCUCUGUGACACUACAGUGUGAUCAUAACUGGAUAAUACUACGUGCCGCCUGAAUGCCUUUUUGUUUCCCCCUGUUCUCGUUCUUGUUCUCUUAUGAUUUGUCUUGAUCGACGUUGGGUUAUCCUUGAAGUAGUGGGGGGAUCUAAUCAGUGGUCAGCUAUGACUAUGUUGAUGUUUGACUGUCAAUCAUUACCUUGUAUCAGUGGUAACCCUUAUGUAUUUACUGAGACACUUUCAAUUGUUGCUUACAUUCUCAGUCUGUUUGUAGAUGUCAGACAGCGGAUGCAAUGGUAAAGCGCCCUGCCCCCUUUCAGGAUGACAAGCCAUGUUUUAUUGACAGCACGAUUCGCAUGUUAUUGAUUACAAACCCCUGAAUGCCAUUCUGAAAUCUGAUUAUACACCUUAUAUUUAUUUGUAUUUAUUUGAAUCACAGACCAAAGUGAUUUAUUCUUUUUGGUUUGACAAAACAUAUUUUUAUUUGGCAAACCAGGGUUUGUCAACUGACUAGAUUACCUGGCAAUACUGAUACAUCAGUCCACAAUAUCCAAUUUCAUUUGAUGUUGCCUUUAAUUGGCAAAUGUACUUUAAGUGGGUACAUUGUAACACUUUUUAAAUUCAUGUCACUCUUCGAAUUGUUAUACACACUGAAACGGUUUAAAUACUAACCACAGUGCAAUACACAUUUAAGAGGACCAACAGGUUGACUGGUGAGUGUGAUGAGGUGAAGGUGCUUGGAAUGUUAUACAAAAUAAAACACUUAUUAUAUCCACCUCAGUAGGUAUUAUCUGGAAUUCGAAUCUCCUUCAACGGACAACUAUUCUACCCCAUAAUGUAUUUGUUUUACAUAUCUGAAUAUUACCAGAGCUGCUGCUGGCUGUCUGAUUAGAGAGAUAUGGUUAGAAGUGUCAACCAUUGUAUUGACAUUUCACAUCCGCUGCUCGACUGACAGUUCACUAUUUCAAAUGCGUAUCUUUAUUUGCACUGAUAUUAUUGUACAAGCAAUUCCAAAUAUUGUUGAAACUUCAUUAAACCUUUGUCUGGAGGCAUGCCUUUGCCAUCGC